UCUUCCUUACCUAUAGGAAAUUUUUCAACUGAUCAAUUUGCCUCAGUUUGCAAUAUUUUAUUGCAAAGAAACCAUAUAGAUCGCUUAGCCACAUUCCUUUGGUCAUUGCCACCCAAUGAUGAAUUGAAAGUCAAUCAAAAUAUCUUGUUAGCGCGAGCUACAGUUGCCUACCAUCAACACAAUUUCGAAGAAUUGUAUCAACUUUUGGAAAAUUACCCAUUUUCUUCCGAAUUUCAUCCUAAAUUGCAAGAAUUAUGGAAAGAAGCACAUUAUCUGGAAGAGAAGCAAUCGCGAGGAAAAGAAUUGGACGCUGUGACCAAGUAUCGUGUUAGGAAAAAGUAUCCAUUACCAUUGACAAUUUCAGAUGGUGAGAAGAUUACGUAUUCAUUCAAAGAGUCAUCUAGGAAAAUGUUAGUAGAAUACUAUCAACGUAAUCCGUAUCCAACAUCGGAAGAGAAAGCUAUCAUUGCUGAAGCAGCCUCAUUAACUAAAGUACAAGUUAGUAACUGGUUUAAAAACAAACGCCAACGCGACCGUGCU